CCCAGAGAGAUUCUCCUUGCGGUCUCGAAGUCCUGUUCUGCAGUGUUGAUUUCUGAAACUUGUGUUUGUUUUGCAGUUUCUACAACUGUUGCAGUGGUGAUGCUUCGCUGUGAAUAGGAUACUGUUCUUAUUUACCAUUGGAUAUACUUUACUCAAGCAAUGUCUUUGAAGAAAGAAACUCCAUCUGACCAGCAGCUGCAUCUGGCUGCUCUGCAGGGUAACCUUGACCAGCUGAAAAAGACUCUGGAUUCUGGACGUGUUCAUGUGGAUUGUAAAGACAAGGAGGGCACCACUCCCUUGAUUCUCGCUGCUGCCAACAACAAUUUGAGCUGUGUGAAAGAACUGCUAGAACAGGGCGCCGAUCCCAAUGCCAGAAGAUUGACAGGUACAUGUGCUCUGUUCUUCGCUGCCCAGGGUGGCUUCAUUGACGUGGUCAAAAUUCUGUUGGAGCACAGCGCAAAUGUUGACCUCGCCAGUUUUGACGGAGGCACUCCGCUGUUUGUGGCCUGCCAGUGCAACCACCAGGACGUCGUGGCAGAACUGCUGGCUGGAGGAGCCGACGUUCACGCCCAGAUGAUCGACGGGGCUACCUCCCUCUUCAUCACGGCACAGAAUGGACACGCAGACCUCCUCGACUUCCUCAUCGCCAAAGGAGCUGAUCCCAACUUGAAGAGAAAAGAUCUGGCGAGCCCCCUUUGGAUAGCGGCUCAGAUGGGCCACACGAGCGCUGUGAGGACGCUGCUGAACGCAGGCGCCCAGGUGGAUGCUGUGAGAGAGGACGGUGCGACCCCAUUGUUCAAGGCGUGUCACAAGGGACAUUUGGACACCAUCUCAGAACUGCUCAAACACAAGCCAGAGUUGGGAGUCUUAAAGAAUGGUGAGACGGUGCUCCACGCAGCUGCUUUGUUUGGUCACCUCAAGGCUGUGCGCAUUCUGCUGAGGGCGGGGGUCAACAAAGAGGUCAAGAACAAGGAGGGUCAGACGGCUUCAGAUCUUGCCACAGAAGCUGGAUACGAUUUCAUUUCGUCUUACAUCACAAGCUUUGACAAAAGUAAAGACGAAUUGGACGGGCAAAGCUUAGAUGCCAGUGUUGCUGAUGAAUAACCUCUCAGAUCUUCUGUUAUACUGGUGUGUUGUGAUGUGCAAGUGAAUUACGUGCGCCAAUUCGUAAAUUAUGAUGUUUAUGUUAGACAAAUUAAUUGUAUGUGUGCUUAGCUCUGAAAGAUAUUUUCCAAACUGAUGUAAACUUGCUGUUUAAAAUCAAAAUAUUUCUGUGGCUCCUCAUAAGCUUUUAUUGUUUGGGCUUUUUCAAUUUAAUUUUUUUUUUUUUCCCCCUUACCAAUCAAAACCUUAAAAGCGCCUGAACCAUGGCAAUGUUUUUGUUGAGAAUAGUAUUUCAGAUACCUUUUACAUUAUCAGCAGUGUGAAAUAAGGCAAUCAAGUUUCAUAUGAAUGAAUGAGAUUGAAAGCAAAAUGUAGUGGUUAUUCUUUACCCACUUAUAAUCCUAUCUUUUAUUACACUUUAACCUCUUCAAAUGAAUGAAGCUCAGAGUAAUAUCUGUAGCCCUAGAAAUUCAAGAUGCCUGGGUCUUAUAUUUCUCUUUCCUCUCAUAUUUAGUAAGUUUAGUAAGAAUUAUACGGCACUCAAAACUGCAUAUGGUCAUAUGGGUGCGCUCCUUUCAUAUUUACAUAGGUAUACUGUUGUCUGUGAUGUAUAGGUUGGAGUCCUCACCUUGCACACAUAGUCUGAGAGAUGCAUAUUUAUUGUGAAGAUGAGGUCUUCAGUUUUUUUUGUAUCGAAAUGUCUUCCAUCCUAGAAUUUUCUGUAUGAUUCUUUAAUGUCAAAGUCAACAAAGCCAUACUUAUUUUGUAAGUUGUGCUCUCUGAGAUAUCAGCAAGCCAUGUUGGCUGGGUUGCACAGCUGGUAGGUCCUAGUUCUUUUGUUUCCCUCCGGUGUUUCUAUUUAAUCUGUGUUUCCUUUUCCCUGCACUGAAUGACUGUUUUUGAGUCAAUAUGCUUCUCUUUACUCGAACAAAAAAAAACCCCAGAGAUCAUCCUGUUAAUUAUGACAUUUCACAAAACUCAUAAACGCGAAAUUCUCAUCAGCAACAGCUGUGAGCCUACUGGUAAUACCGAUACUUCAGUUACGGCAACAUUAACAGUAGGUUGUUCGAAAAAAUGUGGAAGAUGCGGAUCAUUUGAAGGGUUCCUGAGACAAAUCUGGGCAUUUCUGAAAAACUCUAUCCACUCCAUAAUCUUAUGAUCAGAAUUGUAUGGAGAAUAUGUGUUUUUUUUCUCAAAGUGCACUCUGUCAUUAAAAUUUGAUACCUAGUAUGGUAAAAUUGCAUUUUGUUUAUAUUUUUUUUAUCUUGGAAAAAGUGUUGGUUUUUUUUUUCAUUUUUCUCACUUUUGUAGUUAAUGGAUAUAGUACAUUAGUCAUGGAGCCCUUCAUUUGCUUGUGAAGGAGAUUACAGCUGUUACUUAAAUGGAGAGGUGUUUAUUUUCUGCAGUUUCUUUUCUGUACAAAAAUGCAUUCUCACUGACAUCAGCUUGAACCUUGUGCUGACAAUGUUAAGAAAUAUUUUUUUAAUGAAAAUGGAAGAGCAGAAGUUUAGUUCUGAAUAGUUUGCUUCCUGAUUAGCUCAUAAGGCACUGCAGUUCCCCCUAGUCAUAUAGUGUAGUGUUGUCCCUUUAAUUAAAAAAAAUUAUCCAAUGAUUACUCUAUAGUUUAAGUGUAUGAUUGAUAUUAUAGCCGUUCUAAUUUGCCAGUGUUGCCUGAUUUUUUAUUAGUAUUGCAACUACUCCCAGUAGCAUUAAAUAUUUAUUUUAUUGCAUCUUUAAUGUCGGAUAUGUUAUACAUGGGAACUCCUAAUAUCAUUUUCACCCUCACUCAUUGAACAUGUGUAUGUUGAGGAGGCUUGAUCUUAUGUUGUUUAUCAUUAUCAUUCUCAUUCAUUUUCUCCUUUUUUAUUUUUAUUUCAGAGUAAAAUUUGACAAAAUGAAGUGGUAAUCCAUAUAUCAUCAUGACUGGGUCAGUGUAAAGAAUACAGCUAGCGUUUGCGAUGUUCAUUUGACAGUGUUUAGUUGCAGUCUGGAACUGUAGAUAUUCCACUGUCGUGUAUACUGUCUCAGGGGAGGGAACUGGAGGAUUAUUAUUGUGCACAGGAUAAAGUUAAUAGCCUUUACAGUAUUCUGUCCCCGUCGUUUUAUGCAAGAAAAAUUCAGAAAUUAUGCAAACUGAGCCUAAAAAUGUGAAAUUAUGCGAUUCUGUUAAUUUUAACAAAGAAUGA